AUGGCACCGGGGCGCAGCGGCGGCGGCGGCCGGUUCGGCGGCCGGUUCGGCAGAGGCGGCGGGCGGGGGCGCGCGCCCUCUCGCGCGCCUCAGGAAGAGCCUCCUCCUGAGGCUCCCUCUAACGUCCCGCCCUCGUGGAACAAUUACUUUCCCGAGGUCCGCUUCGCCCCGGACGACCGAAGGGCUGAGCUUGUGGGUACUCUGGCUAGAUUCUUUUCGUCCGACGUCGGGUUCGAGCUCGUGAAGCCCGUGCGGAUACACGCCGAGCGCGAACUCUUCUUGGAGCUGGACUACGAAGCCCUGAAAGCGAGGGCGGACAUCCCAGAUCUGUUCGCCGCGUUGGAGCUGGCCCCCGCUGAGGCGAUGCCGUGCGUGCGCGCGGCCGUGCACGAGGUCAUACACAACUCCCCCAUCGGGCGUAAGGAGCUCCCGCAUCUGCAGGUAUCCCCUGCGGCCGCGAAGGUGAUCACGAGACCGCCGAGGGUGGACGUGCAUCUGUACAACCACCCAGAGGUGCAGAUCAAGUUCUCCGAGCUCAAGUCUAAAACAAUCGGGAAGCUCGUGUCGAUAAGAGGCACGGUCACGAGAGUGGCGAGAGUCAUGCCCUUCGCGAAGUCGCUGACGUUUACGUGCGACAAGUGCGAUGCCUCGCAGGUUGUGCAUCUCGUGGACGGUAAGUACGCGGAGCCGGAGAGUUGUGUCGGUCAGGGGUGCAGGGGAAGGAAGUUCACCGCGAACCGCGAGAGCGUGAAGCUCGUGGACUGGCAGAAGAUCAGAAUCCAAGAGCUCUCCCGUGACGUCCCCGCUGAGGACAUCGGGCGUAUUCCGCGCUUCGCGGACGUCGAGGUCGAAGGGACCCUGUGCGAUGCCUGCCGCGGCGGGGAUAUCGUCACGAUCGUAGGCAUCGCGGAUAUCUUGAACGUCGAGGCGAAAGGGAGCGCGUUGGAGAGGGAACGAGCGGCGAAGCAGUACAACGUGUACGUGAAAGGGAUAUCCAUACGAAAGCGAGACUCCGAUGCAGGUGGUGCGCCGCCGUUAUCUGCCGCCGCCGCGGAAGCGUUCGCGCGCGACGUCGUGGACAACACGACAUUUUCCCCCGCGGACUUGGAGUUCAUCGUUCGAUUUACGGAGGAGUGCGCGGGGGAGCAGUUCAAGCAGCUGAUUCACUCCUUGUGUCCCACGAUAUACGGCCACGAGGUCGUCAAAGCUGGCUUGCUCCUGGCCCUAUUCGGUGGCGUUCGAAAGACGUUUGACGAGGAAGGGACGCUUCCCAUGCGCGGCAGCAUCCACUGCCUCGUCGUCGGUGACCCAGGUUUAGGGAAGAGUCAAAUGCUGAAAGCCGUGAGCAACGUCGCGAACCGCGGCCUGUACGUGAGCGGUCGUUCCGCGUCCGCCGCUGGGUUGACGGCAACGGUCGUGAAGGAUUCAGAAAACGGCGGGAGUACCUACGAGGCUGGCGCGUUGAUCAUGUGCGACGGCGGCGUGUGCUGCGUGGACGAGUUCGACAAGAUGCCGAACGAGCACCAAGCAUUGCUCGAAGUGCUCGAACAACAGACGGUAUCGCUCGCGAAGGCGGGGAUAACCGUAAACUUACCCGCGCGCACGAGCGUCGUCGCCGCGGCAAACCCCGUCGGCGGCGUGUACAACCGAUCAAAGUCGAUAAUGAACAACUUGAAGAUGAAUCCGGCGUUGUUAUCCCGAUUCGAUCUCCUCUUCCUCAUCGUCGACGAUCCGGACGAAGAACUUGACGAGUACAGGACGAGACACGUCUUAGCAACCCACAAUCCUGAAGGAGAAGAAGCGACCUUGCGACUGCAGCACGCACAGCAAAAGCUUCUCGCGCACCACGCGCACUACAUCACGUACGCGAACGUGCACUGCUUCCCGCGUUUGACCCCAGAGGCUGGGACGAUACUCCAGGCGUUCUACCUCGAGCUGCGCGCGGCAGAUACGGUCGGAGAGGACUACCCGCCGAUAACACCUCGGCAGCUAGAGGCGCUCAUCCGACUCGCGGAGGCUCGCGCGAAGGUGGAGCUUCGAGAGACUGUCACUGAGGAUGACGCGCGCGACGCGGUGGAGAUAAUGAGGGAAACGAUGCGCGACGUCUUAGAGGGUGGUGGGUUAGCAGGCAAACGCGGGUUCUCGGGGAAAGGGAACAAGAACGUCAAAGCGAAGAUGUUCGUCGAGGCUAUGAACCGGCGAGCGAUAGAGAAGGACAGCGCGUACUUCACGAUGGGCGAGCUCUACGCAAUCGUGGACGAUUUGCAGCUUCAAAUCCAAGACGUGGACGGAUUCAUCGAAGGUCUUAACAUGGCGGGGGAUAUUUUGAAGUCGGGGAGGUUGUACAAGUCCGCGAGUAGUUAA